CGAGCUUGUAGCGAGCGCCUAAAGCUUUAGGCGACAGCCUAAGCUUUCCGCUGACAGCGCGAGCGCCGCGUCGGGACGAGCUGUGACUUCCCGAGGACGCCCGCGAGAGAGGCUUGCGCCGCGGUUGCGCUACGGUUUGUGCGUGCUCAUUGCGCCUCCCCAAAGUGGCGGCGGCGCGUGCCCGCUCAAAGCCGGCGCCGGCGGCGCGAGCUCGCUCGCGCUUGAGACCGUCGUCGCCGGCAGUGGCACGGUCGAGCUCCGGCUCCGGCUCGCUCGGCCGUGCGCGAGAGGCCACAGGGUCGAGCGCGGGCGUCGGGCGGCGCGUGCGCGCUGCAUCAGCCACAAGGGGGGCCGCCGUCGAGGCCGCGACGCUCACUCGUUCAAAUCACAACGCAGGCGCCGCGCGGACCAUGGGCAAGGGCAAGCCGAACGGCCUGCGCGCCGGGCGCAAGCUCAAGAACCACCGGCGGCUCCAGAAGUGGGCGAACAAGGAGUACGCCAAGGCGCACAACAUCUCGCAGUACGCCAAGCCCUUCGGCGGCGCGUCGCACGCCAAGGGCAUCGUGCUCGAGAAGAUCGGCAUCGAGGCCAAGCAGCCCAACUCGGCCAUCCGCAAGUGCGUCCGCGUGCAGCUCAUCAAGAACGGCAAGAAGAUCGCCGCCUUCGUGCCGCGCGACGGCUGCCUCAACUACGUCGACGAGAACGACGAGGUCCUCGUCGCGGGCUUCGGCCGCCGCGGCCACGCCGUCGGCGACAUCCCCGGCGUGCGCUUCAAGAUCGCCAAGGUCGCCGGCGUGUCGCUGCUCGCGCUCUACAAGGAGAAGAAGGAGAAGCCGCGGUCCUAAGGCAUCCUACUAGUAGUACGAGUACCUAGUUCGCCCCGAGGGCGCCCCCCUCUCGCGGGGUGAGGGGUGCCCGAAAUCUGGUGAUCGACGUCGCUGUUUGGGCUUACCUGACGAGCACAUUUGGCUGCAGAGUAAAAUAAGGC